AAGCAGCAACAGGUGGAAGGUGCUGGUGCACCUGCCCAGCGGGCAGGCGGUGACCUCGUACUCGUCGCUGGAGCACAUCUUGUUCGGGCUCGGGUGGGAGAGGUACUACGGCGGAGACCCCGACCUCCUGCAGUUCCACAAACGCUCUUCCAUCGGCCUAAUAUCUCAGUCGUGGGACUUCCACAGGUUCAACUCCUUCUAGAUGUAAGACAUCGUCAUCAAUAA